AGUGCCAUUUUGGCUCCAUCACAGCUCCUCCUUCGCACCUACGCACACGCACACAUGGCGAAGGAACACGUCGGCAAGAACGGCAAGUCAGAGAAGCGUCCGCGAGAGACGCCGUCCUCGGCCGCGCAGGCAACAACGCUGGCGAAGCGAAAGAAGAGCAAGGCGGGGGCGGCGUCAGCCCCGCACGUUACCACCGAAGCGGUUGCCGCUGGUGCCCUCCCCACCAUCGGCAAAAGCCCCAACUUCUUCUCUUGGCUGCUCAACACGUCGCGCGAGGUGUUUUUUGACAAGUACUUUGAAAAGGAGCACCUCGUGGCCUCGCACGGCUCACCAGCCUACUUUGAGAAGGGCCUGCCCGGCGUGGUGCCACCGGUGGACUGGUCAACGACGCGCAUGCUGCAGCUGGUCACGGAGCACCCGAUGAGCUACGGCACCGACCUCAACGUUGUCCGCUUCGACCCAAAGCUGAAGAAGCGCGUCCCCUAUAAGACAGCGGGUCCAGUGGAUCCAGCGGAGCUCCAGAGGUGCAUGCAGGAGGGCUGGUCAGUACGAUUUCUGCGGCCCAACGAGCACGUCGAGUGCAACUCCGCUUUUGUGGCCUGCAUGGAGAAGGAGUUCAACUGUUACUGCGGCGUGAACAGUUACUGGACGCCGGCCUCCAGCCAGGGCUUCGCGCCGCACUACGAUGACGUGGACGUCUUCCUGCUGCAGAUGGAAGGUGAGAAGAUGUGGUACCUCUACGACCCCCCAGAGGACGUCGACUACCUGUCCCGCCACUCCAGCGAGGACUACGUGCCGGAGCAGUUCCCGAAGCCCAAGUACGCCAUUACGUUGAAGGCAGGCGACGUCCUGUACAUGCCGCGAGGGAUGGUGCACCAGGGCAGGACCACCCCCCACACCCACUCGCUCCACAUCACCUUUUCAGCGAAUCAGAUGAACUCCUGGGCCGACUUCAUGGGCCGCGCCGCGCACUACACCAUCGAGACACUCGCCGCCAACAGCAUCGAGUGGCGCCGUGCCCUGCCGCGUGAGAUGAUAGAAGUGCUGGGGGAGAUGCACCACCCGAUCUUUCGCCAGUCCGACGGGGUCGAGGCGCUCACCGAGAAGCAGCAGCUGCGCCGCAGCCACCUGCAGGCGAAGGUGCGUGAGUUGGCAGCCGAGCUCACCCUCCUUGUGACCGAUGAGGCCCACAUGGACGUCUGCACCGACGUCUACGCGAAGGACACCGUACAGAAGAUGCAGCCACCGUCGACGCUUUACAGCGGAGCGGCGCCGGCAGAUGCCGCGGUAGACCACGGCUCACGCGUGCGCCUCAUCUCACGCAACUGUCUGCGCAUGAUGCUGAACGUUCCGGGUGAGGCGCGCAUCUAUCACAUUGGACUGAACUCGCGUGUGUGCCUCGCUGGCGAGUUGGAUGAGCUGCGCUUUGAGGCGGACUUCGCACCGGCCAUCGCCACGCUCAUCUCCAGCUACCCAAAACUGACGGCAGUGGAGGCGCUGCCCUUCCCCGGCUUCGACGACCCUGAGGACGUUGCAGAGAACCAGCUGCUGUUGGUGGAGACCCUGCGCGACGCCGGACUCCUGCACGUUGAGGCCGCAAAGUGA